AUGGCGGUUAUGCCCGACCGAGUAGCGAAACGAGAUUUCGUUCCUCUAGAACCGUUUGUCCACCAAGUCGGUGGCCAUUGCUCCAUGAUGAGAUUUGACGAUGUAUCUGUUUGCAAGCCCUUAAAGCAAAGGGAACAUCGAUUUUACGAGGAACAGCCUCCAGAAAUGCGACCAUUUACUCCUGAAUACCGAGGUACGUAUAGAAUAAAAUAACGCUUUCUUCUUCUUGCAAAUUUCGUUUCGACGAAAAACCGGCUAUUCUCAGCUAAUCGACUAUCUUUCUCGCCCGGAAAAUAAAACUGUCUAAGUUGUAUGUCAGGACAGAAGGCUCAAAAGUACCAGAAAUGUAAAAAUUUCUUGCUUUCGUGCCUAAUUAGCUUUUUGGUUGAAAUAAAAAUGGCUGUCGAGUUAUGAGUUUCAUCCCAACGUGUCGUAAUUCCCUCGAUAGUUAUGAUCCAGAUCUAGGGAUACUUGUUAACGCAGGAGAAUCCUUUCUACAAUACAACGAUUCAUUGUGCAAAACCAAUGUAUUUUACAAUAGAUUAAUAUGUUAGUGCUUCUAAAAUUGUUAAGCCCCUGAGAACCUGCAUUUUGCUUUUUGUUAUUGGACAUACAAAUUCUGUGGGUGAGAAAUCUUCGUCGAGACUGUCGCCCCCUACUGUGUAUGUAAACUUGAUACAACCCAAAGCCAGAUUCAAAUCAAAAUCGUCAAUAACGCCUUACAUAGAGAUCGUGUUUACACAUGUUCGAGGUGAAAAUGACCAAAAUCGUUUCUUGUUGUUUCUUAAGUCAAAGAAAGAAUUGACCGUUAUAAGGGAGCGAACUUGUGAUUAGGCCUAUCUUUUUUCCACUUGACAAUAAUGCUAAAAGAUCCCUGUAAAAAAUCUUCUUGUACACAUUGCGCACUUUAUUCUUUUGCUCUCGUUAUUCUUUUUAUUUAAGUGUACCCAUCGCAGAAUGUUGCCAUACAUGACAUGCUUGACUUGUGAAUCAAGUGCAAUUUAUCAUGAAUCAGUUUAUUUUGUUCAGCUGACUGGCUACAAUUUUAAAAAAUUAUUUGCAUAAAGGCUAUUGUCAUGCAAUCUUUGGUUUGUUUUCCCUCUUCCACUGCAGUCUACCAAGAAAGAUCAUCUGUAUAUUGCUAAAUCCGAGGAAUGUGUUUGUUUGACAUUUUUUAUCUGCUAUAUAUCUUCAUCUUUCUUUUUGUAUUAAUGAAUGAUAAAUUAUUGGCUUCCUCUACCACUUUUGCAUGAUGUAAAUAACAUUUUUGUGGUCAUUGUUGUCCACAAAAUUUAAAAAUUAAAUUCUUCUUAAAAAUUUAAAUGUAUUGGAGACUGUUUUUAUUAUAUUGGAACAAAGUAAAAUAAAUUCUCUGUGUUUCCUAAAGGAUAGUCUGAUCACGGAGUUACUUAUUGUUUUUUGCAAACAAUGUUCUGGGUUAGAUCCUUUACUGCAUUGUGGUGUCAAAGCUAUUGGGUGGACAAAAUACAGUGUUUUGUAUGAUAUUGUCCAUUUGUGCCUCAACUUCAUGUAUAUGCCCCCUGGAAUCUUAGGUGGAAAAUAUCUAUUGCUUAAAUUAUAAUAAAUAGGCUUAUGAAAAAUUUCAAUUAUGUCUUUGUGACAACAAAAUGUUGCUGCUACUACAAACAGGAGUGGUUUUUGUAAGUGUUAAAGAGGACAAAGAUGGCUAUAUUUAUCUUACUGCACACCCAGACAAGUUGGCUUUAGAGUGCCAAAAAAAGGAGGGCUCAACCAAAUUCUGCAUCACUAAUUCAGACAAUGAUGGUAGCAGUGGGGAAGAUGAGGGAGAUUCAACUCCAGAGAAAGGCCUGCACAGGUAAAUACAUGUAAGAUAAAACUUGCAACAGUUUGUAAGGUGGGAAAUAUAAAUUGUUACAAUAAAUGAACGAUUUCUGGCACCCUGAUUGUUUGAGAGCUAUGUUUGAUAAGAGUACAGACCAUGACAUGUGUGACAUGAUGGUGGCACAAUUUGUUAUUCCAAGAAACUUCAAUAGAAAUGGAUGUCAAAACUGUCAAUGUUAUUGUAAAAACAAAUCGACGACAAUUUUCCAUGGUCUGUAAUCUUAUCCACCAUAGAAAUGAUAGCCUGCGUAGCAAGCGUUUCCAAUCGAGUUAUUACGCGAAAGUUAGAGCAGAAGCAAAAAAAGAAGGUUGAAGGGGGAGGGGAGAAGAGGAAACGCUUGCCCUCAAACCCCACGAUUCUGGAAAACGCCCCUUGAUAUUUCACGGUUGGGUUCAUUUGUAAAUUGACAGCUCGUCAAAAUAGAAACAUAACGAACAGAUUACCCCUGGAUUACCAGAUUUGUAAAAUUACUUUGUUCUCUAAAAGAACACGUUGCAGGCGAUUGCAAGAACUGUAAUAAAAAAGAUUUAGAUAGAUAGUUAGAUAGAUAGAUAGUUUGUUUAGUAGAACUGCAUCGCAGCCAAAGGCUGAAUUACGCAAUUAUUUACAAAAACUUUACAAUACUUGAAAAUUACAAAUGAAUCCUAGAUAAUAAGUCAAAUCUGAUUUUUAAGAUAAUAUUAAAAAUUCUAUGUAAUACAUUCAUAUUUACGAUAAAAGAAAGUUAAAACCAUGAGCGAUUGCUGCUGAAUUUCUUGUUUUUUAUCGCGUGACUUUACCUCGUCUGAAACCUUGUUGAUACGUCAAAAAUGAUUUGUCCGGAACAAUUCACUCCGCCGGGUAUAAGUUUUGCAGAGCGGCUGCUCUUCAGCCUGUGUCGAAACGUUCUCUACAAUAGAUGCCGCUAAAUUUCCAAUAAACAAAAAGAAUCUUUUCAUUUCAAAAAGCUGACAAAUCGCUUGUCCAUGGCGGCUUCAGCUAGUGUCGAGUACCGAUGUUCUGAUUUAUGUUGAUGUUAUCUCCAACAAACAGUCCAUUUUUUCCAGUCAGAUACGCACGCCGUCAUUCUCAAUAAAUUGGCCUUCCCUAGUCUCCACUGCUUGAUCUCCAAUUAUACUUUGAAGGCUCUGAUCUCAUAAACCUUCGCACAAACACAAUUCCAGUAAAUAUCAGUCCAAAGCAUUUGUAAUCUGCGAGCACAAAUCAGAUGAGACCAGAUCUGUGGCGCACGAAAACAAAGCAUACCUGGUUUGAUUGAUGUUUCGAAUGCUAAGUAAUCAACACUAACCGCACCGCGCCAAUCAGAGGCUGUGUUCGUGGGCGAACGCAGUUUUUCAAAAUCGUGGGAUUUGCAGGCAAGCAGUUCCUUCUUUCCCCUCCCCCUCCCCCGUCAUUCAUUUUUUUUUUUUUUUUGCUCUUGCCCCAGCUUUCUAGACGAACCUCGCGAGGAAACGCUUGCUACGCAGGCUAUAGAAAUGACAUCAAGAUGUUCAAAUCUUUGCAUUGAAACCAGUUUCCUGUGGUUCUGGGUUCUACUUGAGUUUUGAAGAUUCUGAUGUGAUUUCCUAUGGCUGACAAGUGUACAGACCAUGGAAAAUUGAUGUCAAUCAAUAACAAAUUAUUUGUUAAAUUGAUUCAAAAGUAAUGCUUAACUUUUUUUCUUUACAUUAAGUGCUUCAAACACUAUAGUAUUUUCUGCAGACAACAUUUCCUCCAAAAACGCCUGCUAUUAUCUUACCAAUUUGUCUCAUUAUAUUCAGAGGAUAUGCAUAAUUCACUGUUGUUUUCUUAAUUCAUAAGUUGACUUCUCAGUCUCUUGAUAUUAGAACACCAUCUCAUGUUUGAGUAGCAUUAGUUCUCACAACUACAUGUAUCCCUCACAGACUACAUUCUGGUUGGAACCAAAUUGAGGUAUCUUUCACCAAGCACAAGUGGGGUAAACAAACAGUAGUCUUUGAAUAAAGGCCUUACAACUUGAGUGUGCACUGUUCUUUCUCCUAAAUUUCAGCACAUGUGUCUUUCAGGGUCCGCCUUCAAAGUGGAAAACUUGAAUUGGUGAAUACAAGACCAGAUGGAUUGUUUGAAGCAGGGGAUAUGCCAGACCAUUCAUCAGGUGGGAUGUAUAGUGAUUUAGUUUGAUUGCGGUGAUACAUCAAACACGAGAUUCAGUGUUGGUUUCUGAUUUCCAGACACCAAACAUCAAGCGUAAGAAUCAAGUUGCCUGGAUAUUUGAUGAAACACUGUGUCGAGUUUUUGAUAUACAAGUGGAUUAAAAUUUAAUAAUUCUUGAAGAAAUUCAAAAUUCUUUGACAUUUAAGAAUUCCUUUGUUUUUCUUCUUGAAUUAUUGCAGUUAAUAUUUGGGAUGUGUAAGAUAGUGGCUAACCAGAAUCCUUAGUCAAGAUUUUGUUAAAGUUGAUGGAAACUUACAUUGUAAUAGACGUUCUCUAAAGGAUAGCUCAAAUGUCUUCUUAAAUUAACAGAUAAGCAUGUCUUUUUUGACUAAAAAAUUAUUGCUUAGUAGAAAAAGUAAUUAAAAGUAGAAAAGUUAAAGCUUUUCUUGCACAUCCCAUGUGUUUGGUUUUUAGAUGGUUGAGGAGGUGUACUGAAGAGAACUUGUUGGUUAUAAGAAAUUAGAACAAACCAUGUAUUUUACUUCUUUAGAUACGGUCUCUCAUGGUUGGCCUGACAGCGGAAACCCUAUUGUACAAGCUGUUAUGCCAGUGGGAACUACACUUAAUGGUAGUACUGAGUGCUUCCAUACUGUAUUGCAUAAUCAUUUGAAUUAAUGACAAUGAAUAAUUAAGCAAAUAAUUUCUAAGUGGUUGGAAAAUAAUCUCCACACUAUUUUACAAUAUACAUUGUAAACUGUUGUUUUUUGGAAUGGAUCAUAUCAUUUUUCUAUUUUCGGUGAAAUUGGUAUUUUGCAUAGCUUGUUAUGUACAUUAUUUACAUGUGGCAACAUUUAUUUCUCCCUGUCAGCGAUAAGAAUUGAUUAUUUUCUUUCUUGCUAAGAUAGUUCUGGGGUAUAUGAUCGUAUACCUUUCAUGUGUACUUAUCUAUUGCUUGUUGUUUUAGGGAGUGCUGGAGUUAACCCUUGGAGUUUACAUUGUCACAAAGAACAGUUGAGCAGAAUGAGAGAACUGGGAUCAUCUUCAAAAACACACAGUAUCCUUUUCCUUUUAAGCUUUCAAUAUUGUGAUAUUUGGCUUAUCUACUACAAACAGGAGUGGUUUUUGUAAGUGUUAAAGAGGACAAAGAUGGCUAUAUUUAUCUUACUGCACACCCAGACAAGUUGGCUUUAGAGUGCCAAAAAAAGGAGGGCUCAACCAAAUUCUGCAUCACUAAUUCCGACAAUGAUGGUAGCAGUGGGGAAGAUGAGGGAGAUUCAACUCCAGAGAAAGGCCUGCACAGGUAAAUACAUGUAAGAUAAAACUUGCAACAGUUUGUAAGGUAGGAAAUAUAAAUUGUUACAAUAAAUGAACGAUUUCUGGCACCCUGAUUGUUUGAGAGCUAUGUUUGAUAAGAGGACAGUCCAUGACAUGUGUGACAUGAUGGUGGCACAAUUUUUUAUUCCAAGAAACUUCAAUAGAAAUGGAUGUCAAAACUGUCAAUGUUAUUGUAAAAACAAAUCGACAACAAUUUUCCAUGGUCUGUAAUCUUAUCCACCAUAGAAAUGAUAGCCUGCGUAGCAAGCGUUUCCAAUCGAGUUAUUACGUGAAAGUUAGAGCGGAAGCAAAAAAAAAGGUUGAAGGGGGAGGGGAGAAGAGGAAACGCUUGCCCUCAAACCCCACGAUUCUGGAAAACGCCCCUUGAUAUUUCACGGUUGGGUUCAUUUGUAAAUUGACAGCUCGUCAAAAUAGAAACAUAACAAACAGAUUACCCCUGGAUUACCAGAUUUGUAAAAUUACUUUGUUCUCUAAUAGAACACGUUGCAGGCGAUUGCAAGAACUGUAAUAAAAAAGAUUUAGAUAGAUAGUUAGAUAGAAAGAUAGUUUGUUUAUUAAAACUGCAUUGCAGCCAAAGGCUGAAUUACGCAAUUAUUUACAAAAACUUUACAAUACUUGAAAAUUACAAAUGAAUCCUAGAUAAUAAGUCAAAAUCUGAUUUUUAAGAUAAUAUUAAAAAUUCUGUAUAAUACAUUCAUAUUUACAAUAAAAGAAAGUUAAAACCAUGAGCGAUUGCUGCUGAAUUUCUUGUUUUUUAUCGCGUGGCUUUACCUCGUCUGAAACCUUGUCGAUACGUCAAAAAUGAUUUGUCCGGAACAAUUCACUCCGCCGGGUAUAAGUUUUGCAGAGCGGCUGCUCUUCAGCCUGUGUCUAAACGUUCUCUACAAUAGAUGCCGCUAAAUUUCCAAUAAACAAAAAGAAUCUUUUCAUUUCAAAAAGCUGACAAAUCGCUUGUCCAUGGCGGCUUCAGCUAGUGUCAAGUACCGAUGUUCUGAUUUAUGUUGAUGUUAUCUCCAACAAACAGUCCAUUUUUUCCAGUCAGAUACGCACGCCGUCAUUCUCAAUAAAUUGGCCUUCCCUAGUCUCCACUGCUUGAUCUCCAAUUAUACUUUGAAGGCUCUGAUCUCAUAAACCUUCGCACAAACACAAUUCCAGUAAAUAUCAGUCCAAAGCAUUUGUAAUCUGCGAACAAUUGAUAGGCUGGAUAUUCCGCUGUUUUGAAACUGUCUUGUUAUUUUCGGCAAAAGCAUGUUACUCUUUUGAGCUUGUUAAAUAGGUAUAAACACCUCUCUCUAUUUAAAUGCUUCCUAUCUAUUAAACCCCACCUCUUGGACCUUUAAAAUUAAAUAGAUGCCCCUGGCAUCGAUUAGAUCAUUUGUGGGUAUUUGUGCUGUACCAGUAUUGUGUUCUAUCUUGACCUUAACUGUGAUUAGCAUUCAUUGUGUUGGAGAAUGUUGCACAUAGAUUUUCAACUCCCUGUAUUUUGGAUUUGAAAAUGGGAACACGACAUCAUGGAGAUGAUGCACCAAGUGACAAAAGAGAGAGACAGAUAGCUAAAGCAGAGCAGUCGACUUCUAAGACUCUUGGAAUUAGAGCUGGUGGAAUGCAGGUAUUAUGCUGUGCACCCUUUGUGAUAUGUUUUCUCAGGAGGCACUCUGAGUCAGGAAAGUCUGUUAACGUGAGAUUCCUUCAGUAGUUUUAACAACAUUUGGUUCUAACAGAAGUUAAUUAUUUUAUCUGAAAGUUAUAUCUUCUGCUCUGUCAUGUUUCUGACUUUCAUUGGGUUGUGUUUCUAGGUGUAUAACAGUGGUUCAGGCAGGUUUAUGUGUCGGAACAAAUACUAUGGCUUGAAAUUAUGUGAAGAAGGUUUUAGAGAAGAACUUGUGACUUUUCUGCACAAUGGAGAACAGUUUAGAAUGGAGUUAAUAGAACCUCUACUCUAUAAACUCCGAAAAUUGUACAAAGUUAUCGAGAAGCAAAAUUCAUACAGAUUCUACUCAAGUUCUCUACUCCUCAUGUACGAAGGAGACAUGCAAAGGAAAUGCAGUUGUAAUACAGAAAAAGAACAAGACACCAAUAGACAAAAGGAGAAUUUUAACAGAAGUUGCAGCUCCUGUAGUUUAAACAAGAAUGGCAAAUUUAACAGCCAUCAUUCUUGCAAAGUGGAUGUGCGAAUGAUUGAUUUUGCUCACACAACAUAUGGUGUUUUUGUUGGGGAUCCUGUGCGCAAUGGGCCUGAUUCAGGAUAUUUGUUUGGAUUAAAGAACUUGAUUAGGCUUCUAGAAGAAAUCAGAGACAAAUAUCAAGGCUCCACAGAGGUAAAGACCCAAGAAAGUGGUAUCAUAUCUGAUAAAAGCUAA